AUGGUUCGUAUGAGGAAAAAGAUCAACAGCCAUGGAUUUUACCGGCUUAAAUGGCUCGGAAUUAGGCAUGGACUUUGCCCUGCGUCUAGCCAGACCAGCCGAACUUACGUUUUUCCAUCCCCUGUUCUUGUUAUUCCCUUUCUCGGUCGUAAGGGGAGACGGUGUGCAGAGCUCGAUAGCAUUUGCCACCAGACUCUCGGGAUUACAGGAAAUGCCACUUACAGUUGGAUGAAGUCCAACGCGUGGAGGAUCAACUAUAGCAACGAUAUUUGUAAAUUGCCAAAUCGGGACAAGUUCACAUCCAAACCGCUCAAAUUACCAAUAAUUGAGAAAGAGGCGCUGAAAAGCAUUACCAUACCAACACGGUCGGCUAAAGUCAGGCCAAUUGUCCCAGUCCCACAGCAAACAUCGAAAAGUAAAGUGUUGGGGCCCAACCCAGCCCAGUCACCAGCAAGCGAAUAUAACUUCUCAGCAGCAAGAACUUUGUACUUUUCUUCCUUCAGGUCCAUAGUUUUUGCUAGUAGUUGCCCCAUUAAGAAUGCUGAGUUCUAA